AUCGCGCUCGUACGCGAACACCCAACGGCUGCGACUUUGUGUCUCCUCGUCGCUCUCUCCUGCGCCGCCGCCGCGUCCCAUUUCGUAAAAAGAUUACCAACUCGGUUGAAACGUCAGCGCUGAGGCCAACCGCAGCGCUGCUGUUGCUUGUCUCCCGUCGAGUCCGCUCUCGCUCGGCGUUUUACCUGUAUUUACUAUGUUUUUUCUUUAUUAGUUUAUUAGUUAUUGCCAGUUUACCACUAUUGGCUCUCUAAUAAUAUCAUUAUUAUUGUUAUCAUUACCAUCUACUUGAAUCUUUUUUUUUUUUUUUUUACCCCGUUACGUCGACGUUCAAACGGCGCGUCCUUUUGUGUUCGUAAAUCGUGUUUAUUCCGAGUUCCGAUGGCGCACGUCAACAUCUAUACUACGUUUGGCGACGACGACGACAAUUAAUUCGUUCACGGCGUGGUGGUGCUAUUCGACGUCGAUUAUCCGAUAUCGGUUCGACAACGCCCGGCCGCGAUCCCCGAUCUUCACACAAUUUUUCCUCCCCGGAACGUGAGACGGACACGAUAGGCACUAUACACUUGUUAUACUUACCACCCCGCACAACAACAAUUAUGUUCAGCAAUAAACAUUUUUGAUAUCUGGUCUCCGUGGUGCUCGCUUGCAACUCGGACGGCCGUAAGUCCUUCUUUUCGUCGUUUUGAAAAUUUUAUUUAAUUUCAAUUUUUGUUCGUCUUUGAUUUUUAACUAGUUAGUAUCAUAAGUACGUGUGCAAAUAUUACUCAUACUCUUAGGUUUUUUUUUUUUUUUUUACUCUUUACAAAUUCAACUAAAACAUUAACAACACAAGUGUCAAUAUUUAAAAAUCAAAAAUGGGCAACCACAACAGUUUUAAUUUAAAUCACAAGGAACAGUUGCACUCUGCCAGGAUUAAUUCGCUCAACAAGGACCCAACACUCGGCAUGUUACCAAUGGAGAAACUUGGAAAGUUAUUGAUUCAAAAGAGUUUAGAAGAAGAUUCAAUUAAUGGAAUUGGCUGUGGUGUAUUUAAGCGAUACUUGUUUCCACAAUAUCCUGAAAUGGCUCGUAAACUUUUUGCAUAUCUGGUAACUUCAUCUGGUGGUCCUGCUUCUUCCCAUGUAAUUAGUUAUUCAAACUUUAAGACCCAAACUGAACGUUUGCUGAGUGUUUUGGCUGAUGACCGCCAAGUAUUGAUGUACGUCACGAUGUAUGCUGAUGGAAAAGAAGAAAUUGAUCAAGAACAAUUUCGAGAUCUACUCAUAGCUGUUUAUAAACUUGCAAUGGAUCAUUAUCCUGAAGGACCUCAGUCGUGUCGUUAUAUAUUUAAGACUAUUCAAGCCGUUGUUGAUUCUGCAUUUCAUAAAAAAUUAACACUAAAAGUGGGUUACUUGACCAACUGGAUACUUCAACAUUGCCCACGAUUAAUUGUCUUACUCCAUCGAUAUAUUGUUCAUAUCUUGUCCACUGGUUACAGAUCAGUUAUUGAAAAUAGUCCAUAUUCCAAACCAAAUGAAAACGAACCUAAUGAUCUCGAAUUAACAACUCCAGUUUUGGAACAAGAAAACUUGUUCACAGCCGAAAAGAAUCCAUUAUUGCCAUUGUCUCAAGUGUGGAUAUUAUCUACAACAUUACCACCAUUAUAUACUCAACCAAUUUUGCAUUCCAAACCAACACCAAAUUGUUUCAACACUCAAAACUUCUUAUCAAAAUUUUUGGACUUUUCUUGUCCAUCACAUUGGACACUAUUGUACAACAGCAAUCAACACGGUAUCGGAAGUAAUAGAUUUUUACACCAUGUACUGAGUUAUCGAGGGCCAACAUUAACGUUUUUGCGGGGUGAUGAAGGGGUCUUAUUUUGCAUGGGAGGUACAUCUGAAUGGCGGGAGUCACACCAAUACUGGGGUGGAGACGACAACAUAAUUUUACAAUUAUUACCCCAUUAUAAAGUAAUCAAUCGUGGUCCAAAAUCUAUGUAUUUAAACACAUCUAUACGUGGAUAUCCAAAGGGUAUUAGAGCCGGUAACGACCCAAGAAAACCAUCAAUUGAAGUUGAUGACUCAUUUCAACAUGUUACUCACUGUGGCAUACCGUACAAGUUAGAAAGUGUUGAAGUAUGGGGUUGUGGUUCACCAAAAAAUAGAGAAGUACAAUUGGAUAUAAAGAACUGGCAAAUUAAAGAGGCUGAGAAGAACCGAAAACUAAAGAUGACAUCUAAGGAAUGGUUAGAUCACCCUGAUAGAUACUUAUUAGAAUUGGCUGGACGUCAGACAUAUUCAACAUCAUAAACCAGUUUUCAUCACAAUAUUCUUUUCAGUCCUCACAUAAUGUUGUUUUUGUAUGUGUACAUAGAUAUUUUUUUAACUAUAUUUCAACUCGUGCUUUAAUUUCUCGACGUACUUACGGUUACAAGAGUAUUAUUUUAUCAGUAUUAACCGGAUACCAGAUAAAGUUUACUAUAAAUUAUAGAAAUUGACCAUAGUUUUCAAAAUAGAAAUACUAAAACAAAUAUUACAAAUGCAUUGAAUUAUUAGAAGUUUUAAAAGAGGAAACCCAUAGAUUAUCUAUAUAUAUAUAUAUUUUUAUAUUUUAACAGUUUAAUAAAUAAAUAGUCCAUAAUAGAUAAAUAAAAAAAAUUGUUUUGUGCACUGGUUCUGUUUGUGGUUGAAUUAAAUACAGAAAUCUUCAGUACUACACUUCAACCCAUCCCUAUCAACUAAAAUAAUUAAUCUAAUAAAAUGUGAGAUUUAUACAUAUCUGUUAUUUAAAAUGCAAUUUUUUUUUAAGUAAC